AUGAACGAAACACUUAAACUCGUUCUAGUGGGUUAAUAAGGAGCAGGGAAAACAAGUCUGUUACAAUCUCAUAGAUAACAAGAGUUCCGAGCUCAUAAUGCACCAACAGUUGCAGUUGACUUUUCUGGAGUUAAAAAUGUAGAAGUAAAUGGUAAACUUUUUGAUAUUUCAAUAUGGGAUACAGCUGGUUAAGAGAGAUUUAGAUCAAUAACUAGAAUGUCUUUAUAAGUAUAAAAAUGAAAAGAAAUCAUAGAAUACUAAUGUUGCAAUUCUUUGUUUUGAUUUGAGUGAUCCUGAUUCAUACAGACAUAUUUAAGGUUGGCUUGACUUUCUUCAUGUUAAUUGUAGUUCUGAAAUGGAAAUUAUAAUAGUAGGAACCAAGAUGGACUUACCAACCUUUUAUAAUAAAGAAGAUCUAUAAAAAUUUAUCUAAACCUUAAAUUCAUAAAAGUAGUUAAAAUUAUUUCUAACUUCUUCUAAGACUCGUGAAGGAAUUGAAGAAACAUUCUAAUAUGCUAUUGAAUAAGGAGCAAAAAUAAAAUUGAAAUCUUCAUAAAUGGAUAAAUCAAUUUUACUCAUUCCACCUGAUUAAUAAAGUAUUAAGAAAAAACAAUCAUCUAAUAAUAAAUAUUUUUAGGGUUGUUAUUGUUGUUGA